UCUCUACGUCAAUGGUUAUAACCAUCAGUACUGGAUCCCCACCACCAGCGCUCCAGUGACCUCCAUGUUCUCUCCAGGACCUCCAACAUCUCUGACCUCCACCCCCAGCUCUACAGUUGCAGGCAUGAGCCCAGCCCUGGUGCCAUUCACCCUUAAUUUCACUGUCACCAACCUGUUCUUUACCCCAGACAUGGGGCACCGAGGCUCCGCAAAGUUCAACUUCACGGAGAAGGCUCUGAAUCGUCUGCUUGGCCCUCUGUUCAAGAACACCAGUAUCGGCCCACUGUACUCUGGCUGCAGACUGACCCUGCUCAGGACUGAAAAGGAUGCGGCAGCAACUGGAGUGGACGCCAUCUGCACCUACCACCCUGACCCCAUGCAUCCUGGACUGGACCGAGAAAAGUUGUACCAGCAGCUGAGUCAGCUGACUCAUGGUGUCACCCAGCUGGGCACCUACACCCUGGACAGAAACAGUCUCUAUGUCAAUGGUUAUAACCGUCAGUACUGGACGCCUACUACCAGCACACCAGUGACUUCUACAUUCUCUCCGGAAUCCUCCACAUCUCUGUCCCCCAUCCUCAGCUCUACAGGCGUGAGCCCUUCUCUAGUGCCUUUCACCCUCAACUUCACCAUUACUAGCCUGCACUACACAGAGGACAUGGGCCCCCCAGGAUCUGAGCUAUUCAACACCACAGAGAGGAUCUUGAAUCGCCUGCUCAAACCCUUGUUCCAGAACAGCAGUAUUGGCCUCCUCUAUGCUGGCUGCCAACUGACCCUGCUCAGGCCUGAGAAAAACAGAAGAGCCAUUGGAGUUGAUGCUGUCUGUACUCACCGUCCUGACCCCAUGGGCUCUAAACUAGACCGAGAGAGGCUGUACUGGGAACUGAGCCGUGAGACCCAUGGUGUCACCCAGCUGGGCUCCUUCAGCCUGGACAAGGAUAGCCUCUAUGUCAAUGGUUACACCCAGAGGACCUCGGCCUCCACCCCCAGUGACUAUUUCUCCUUAGCUGCUGUGACCUCCAUGCUCUUCCCGGGGACCUCUGUGGUGCCAACCCACUUCCCCAGCUCCACAGCAGCAGUCCCUUUCCUGGUGCCUUUCACCCUCAACUUCACUAUCACCAACCUGUACUUCGAGAAGGACAUGCAGAGCCCGGGCUCCUGGAAAUUCAAUGCCACCGAGAAGAUCCUGCAGGGUCUGCUCAAACCCGUGUUCAAAGCCAGCAGCAGUCUGGGAUUCCUCUAUUCAGGCUGCAGACUAGCCUCGCUCAGGCCCGAGAAGGACGGGGCAGCCACCGGAGUGGACGCCAUCUGCAUGCAUCGCCCUGACCCUGAAGGCCCUGGACUGGACAGAGGGCAGCUGUACUGGGAGCUGAGCCAGCUGACACAAGGCAUCACCCAGCUGGGCCCCUACACCCUGGACAGGGACAGUCUCUAUGUCAAUGGUUUUACCCAUCGGAUGUCUGCACUCAUCAACAGCACUCCUGGGACCUCCACAGUAGACUUGGGAACCUCUAGGACACCAUCCUCCUUCUCUAGCCCCACAGCCACAAGCCCUACCCUGGUGCCGUUUACCCUCAAUGUUACCAUCACAAACCUGCAGUACAUGCCAGACAUGGGGCAUCCAGGAUCUGCAAUGUUCAACAGGAUGGAGGAGGUUCUGCAGCACACUCUUGGUUCUCUGUUCAAGAACACCAGUAUCGGCCCACUGUAUUCUGGCUGCAGACUGACUGCACUCAGGCCUGAGAAGGAUGGAUCAGCCACCAGAGUGGACACCAUCUGCACUGUCCACUCUAAACCUACAAGCACCAGGCUGGACAGAGAGCAGCUGUACUGGGAGGUGAGCCGUGAGACUCAGGGCAUCACCCGUGUUGGCUUCUUCACCCUGGACAGGGACAGCCUUUAUGUCAAUGGCUACACCCAUCAGGCCCUGACCUCCACCCCUAGCACUGCUGGUCCUGCCCUGGUGCCCUUCACUCUCAACUUCACCAUCACCAACCUGCCCUACAUGAAGGACAUGCAGCCAGGCUCUGCGAAGUUCCACUCCAUAGAGUCAAUUCUACAGCGUCUGCUCAAGCCCUUGUUCACCAACAGCAGCAUUGGUUCGCUCUACACUGGCUGCAGACUCACCACACUAAGGCCUGAAAAGGAUGGAACAGCCACUGGAGUUGAUGCCGUCUGCACCCAUCGUCCUGACCCUUCAGGUCUCGGCCUGGACAGGGAGCGACUCUACUGGGAGCUGAGCCACCAGACCCAUGGUGUCACCCGGCUUGGUUUCUACAUCCUGGACAGGAACCAUCUCUAUGUCAGUGGUUACACCCAUCAAACUCAGGCCACCACCCCCAGCACUGCGGAGGUCAGUGAGGAGCCAUUCACGCUGAACUUCACCAUCGACAACCUGCGCUACUCGACAGACAUGGGUCACCCCGGCUCCCACAAGUUCAACAUCACAGACACCCUCAUGCAGCACCUGCUCAGCCCGUUAUUCCAGAGGAGCAGCUUGGGUGCCCGAUACACAGGCUGCAGGGUCACCUCGCUAAGGUCUGUGAAGAAUGGCGCCAAGACAGGAGUGGACGUCCUCUGCACCUACCGGCAGCCCCCCAGUGGCCCGGGCCUGCCUGCCAAGCAGGUGUUCCAUGAGCUGAGCAGACAGACCCGCGGCAUCACCCAGCUGGGCCCCUAUUCUCUGGACAAGGACAGUCUCUACCUCAAUGGCUAUAAUGAACGUGGUCCAGAUGAGCCUCCUACAACUAUGGGACACAACCUGAAGACCCUCACACUUAACUUCACCAUCUCCAACCUUCCAUAUUCAUCAGACAUGAGCAAUAGCUCAGCCAUGUUCAACUCCACUGAGAGGGUCCUGCAGAGCCUGCUUGGAUCCUUGUUCCUGAAGAGCAGCCUGGGCCCCUUCUACUCAGCUUGCAGACUGAUUUCCCUCAAACCUGAGAAGGGUGAUGCGGCCACCAGCGUGGAUGCUGUCUGCACCUACCACCCUCACCCCAUGGGCCACAGGCUGGACCGAGAGCAGCUUUACUGGGAGCUGAACCAGCUGACCAAUGGUGUCACCCAAAUGGGCUUCUACACCCUGGUCAAGGACAGCCUCUUUGUCAAUGGCUAUGCACCCCAGAGUUUAUCCAUCCAGAGUGAGUACCAGCUACAUUUCCACAUCAUCAACUGGAACCUCAGCAACGCAGACCCCACAUCCUCAGAGUACAUCGCCCUGCUGAGGGACAUCCAGGACAAGGUCACCAAACUCUACAGAAGCAGCCAGUUACAAGAUGUAUUCCGCUCCUGCCUGGUCACCAACUUGACGUUGGAUCCCAUGUCGGUAACCAUCAAGGCACUGUUCUCCUCCAAUCUGAACUCCAGUGUGGUGAAGCGAGUGUUUCUAAACAAGACCCUGAAUGCCUCAUCCCACUGGCUGGGUGCCACGUACCACUUGACGGAUAUUCAUGUGACAGAAGUGGAGCCAUCAAUUCAUCUACCAACAGACCAACCAACAAUCAGUCCCAGCUUCCAGAACUUCCAGCUGAAUUUCACUGUCACCAACCUACCCUAUUCCCAGGACAUGACCCAGCCAGGCACCCACAAAUACCAGCGGAACAAGAGAAAUAUUGAGGAUGCGCUCAACCAGCUCUUCCGAAACAGCAGCAUCAAGAGUUAUUUUUCUGACUGUCAAAUUUCAGCAUUUAGGUCUGUCCCUCCCAGCAACCACACUGGGGUAGAUGCUCAGUGUAACUUCUCACCGUUGGCUCGGAGACUGGACAGAGUUGCCAUCUAUGAGGAAUUCCUGCGGCUGACCAAGAAUGGUACCCAACUGCAGAAUUUUACACUGGACAGGAACAGUGUCCUUGUGGAUGGGUAUUCCCCCAACAGAAACGAUGUCUUGACUGAGAAUUCUGACCUCCCCUUCUGGGCCAUCAUCCUCAUCUGCCUGGCAGGACUCCUGGUCCUCAUCAUGUGCCUGAUCUGCUGUUUUCUGGUCGCUGUCUCCCGGCGGGAGAAGGAGGGUGAUUACGAGGUUCAGCAACAACACGUGGGCUAUUACCUGCCACACCUGGACCUGAGGAAGCAGCAAUGACAUCUGCUUGAGCCCCUUUUCCCAGUCAGGUUCCAGAGGAGCUCAGCCAGAACAGAAAUAAACCACACUGGUCGGACA